AUGCCGAUCUUUGGAGAAAAACAGGUAACUUCGGUUACUAUAAAGAUAAACCAAUUGUCAACACCGCAUAGAAAUGACGAAAUAGACGAAUCUAUGGAGCUCUAUUUGAGCGACUUGUUAGACUUGAUUAAGAUCCAGCCUAGCAGUGGAGCUGCAGAAGCUGCAAGAGCAAUAAGAAAGAAAAUAAAGUACGGGGACCUGGUCGAGGAGCAAUUGCGUGCGUUAUCAUUAUUGGAAUUAUUGAUAUUGAAUUCUGGUCCUAAAAUUGGCCCUGUAAUUGCGAGAGACGAUAAGCUUAUCGAUGUAUUGAAGGGGGUUUUAAAUGGUAGUGGUAAGACAGCAUUGGGCUCGCUGUACGACCCCAAAGUCCACAAGAAGGUCAAGGGCUUGGCCCUAGGCUGGAAGAACGAAUUGGAAGGUUUGGAUGGAUACAAGUACUUUGCUACUUUAUGGAAGAAUAUCAAGGGCAGCGGUGGUAGUCAUGGUAGCAGUUCAAGGAACCAUAGAAGAACAGAAAGCGGGGGCAAUGUCUUCGACUCAGUGGAAGAUAACCAGCCAAAGUCGUCGCCCUCUCGUGUUAGUCCAGCUUCCCCCAGAAACACCCCACCUCCUAGACCGACAGUUGCAUCUCCGUACUCUAAAUCUACGUCUUCAUCCUCUUCCACCUCCAGAAGACAUAAACAUAAAGAAAAGGCAAAGGAUAAGAAGAAGAGAAAGAGAAAGGGCAAUUCCGUGUAUGCCGACGAGCAGUUCAAGAUUCCGCAAAUCAAUUAUAAAGUAGAAGCACCCAAAAUUAGGAAUGUCAUUGCCGAUUGUCACACGCAUACAACAGCACUUCAAAACGCCCUUCUCACCUUGUCUGUGGGAGCUUCACCUUUGAACGAUGAGAAAUGCUCGUUCGAGUUUGAGAAGUGUCGUUACAUCAGAAGAAAGGUGCUUAGGUACUUACAGUACGUCGGUGCAGGUAGUUCCGAAGACAAAUCGUCUGCCGUACUUGCUAUGGAUGAGGAAUUCCUUGGGAGCUUAAUUUAUGCUAAUGAACAAUUAGUACAGAUCUUCAAGAAGUUUGAUGCAUCCUGUGGUUACACUGAGGAAAAUCCGGCUCCUAACUAUGAUGAUGAAGAUGACGAUGGCUACGAAAGCUACUACACCGACAGCACUGAGGAGGAGGAGGAGGAUGGGGAAGCGGAAACGGAAGAAGAGGUCAAACCAGACAUCAGUGAAAGGCUUAAAAAUGCUACAAUUCAAGAGGGCUCUUCAAGUAAAAGACCUCCGCCUCCUAGACCUGUCAAACCAGCAGGUUUAGGAACAAAACAAUUACAGCAACCUCCGGUGCCACCAAGUUUGACAAAGCAUGCUACCAAUGACACCAUCGGAAGUGAUCCAUUUGGAGACGGAAACACGGAUCUUUCGCCUUAUGAUUAA